AAAACUUGAUUCGCUCCGUACCGAAAUUGUCUCUUGCUGCCGGAAGGGAGGUCACGGCGCUAGAAUCGGUGACUCUCGUCUGUGUUAAUUAAUGGGCAUCGGUCAAACAGUUGGCAGCGAAGUAAUUAGCUAGCAUGGUGGAAGUGUAAUGUCAUCAUUGCAAGGCAAUAGAAACAUGCUGCUUAAUUGUUGGACCAUUGCAACUACAAUAUACCGUCUAUAAAAAGGGCAACCGUUCAUCAGUUUCAACAUCAGUGUGUUUCAAAUCUUCAGGAGGAGUAUUGAUUUGAGGUUUGCCACACAGUUCUAGAACCAUGAAGCUAGUGACCUUCGUGUUUGUUGCCUUGGUGUGCUGUUCCAUGACAUUGGGCGACACUACACCACGCCGGGAUGCAGAAUAUCCUCCGCCCGAGUUGCUGGAGGCACUGAAACCACUGCAUGAUAUUUGCCUCGGAAAGACGGGUGUUACUGAGGAAGCGAUCAAGAAGUUCAGCGACGAGGAGAUCCACGAGGACGAAAAGCUCAAAUGCUACAUGAACUGUCUCUUCCACGAGGCCAAGGUGGUGGACGACAAUGGGGACGUGCAUCUGGAGAAGCUGCACGAUUCGCUCCCGAGCUCGAUGCACGACAUCGCGAUGCACAUGGGCAAGCGGUGCCUCUAUCCCGAGGGCGAAACACUCUGCGACAAGGCGUUCUGGCUGCACAAGUGCUGGAAGCAGUCCGAUCCGAAGCACUAUUUCUUAGUGUAAAAACAAAACGGAUCGUCCGACCACCGGCUAAACGGAUGUACGAUCAAACGAUCCACACCUGACAAAGGAUAAUUCUUUUACCGUGGAUCCUCGUGCAGACGCCAGCACGGACCGGCUCGUGGUUCGGAAUAGUAAUUAACCCAUUUCGCUUGCAUUCUGCACUGCACGUAGCAUCCCAACCCAACCUGUGACUAACCAACUUUAACGCAACCAUUUGACGACGUGUCGCUCCCGCUUUCCCGACUCACGGCAAAAGGGUCGAAAUGGUGCGAAUGAAUGAAAUUCAAAAUUUAAACUACCCAAACUUCCACAGCUCAAAGCGCUCACUAACCCUUCUUGCUUCGUGUCUGCGAACAGGAACUCUGGAACUGCAGCUUACAAAAAACUGUAUAAAAAAAAAGAAAUAAAACUUGAAAACUGCAUACACUCAGACUGGUGUGCCGGCAUUGAGAAACAACUGCAA